CCUGGUGCCAGUCGGCAGCUUGGGAAACUUUGCGCGCUACCGUGCAUACAAAGUUCGGAAACAUAUCAGAGUCGAGCAACAUCGUUCAAACCCAUUCCCUCAAGAUGGACGCGAAACCUCAGCGCCCAUUACGCGCUGUCGUGGGCGUCUCCGGCAACGAAAACACCGUCCCUUCCAAACAGCCCUUCCACCACCAAAACAAGUCGGUUGGCAACCACAAACCGAUGGCGGCAACCGGUGCGCUCAACGCGCCGCCGAAGCGAACCGCGUUUGGCGAUGUGAGCAACACGGCUAGAAGCCGUGUUGGUGACCCCAUUGGUAAGCCUGCCAGCAAGGAAACCAUCAAGACUCGCGCCAAAGCGGUCACCAAGGCACCCGGUACUCGCAACUCUCGACUUGGGGACAAGGAAAAUGCGAAGGAUGGUGUCAAAGAGAGCCGGGCUAGAACAACCAUCGCGUCCAAGGGGACCAGCCAUAAUUCCAAGUUCCAAGCAAGCGCCCAUGUUCCGGCCGCAAACCCCGGGCCGCGCGUCAGCGCGCCAGUUCAGCAGCACACGGGUACUUCCCUGGCCCAGCCUCCGCUGCGAAACGGCGCCUCCAAGAAGAUCGUCAGUAUCUUUCAAGAUCCAUUGGAGAAGGCGAGCAUUCGUCCGGAAUUGGCGUCUCUCGUCGACGACCUCGCGGUUCCGGUGGAGAAGCCGGUUAAGAACCCACGUAAUUGCAAGAGCCAACCAUCACUCCGGACUGAACCGCAGAGUCUUCGAGCCCAACAAACCAGGUUCCUCACCCAGUCCGACAAUGUAGCCGAGGUUGAGGAGGAAGGCGAUAUUGACGACAACGUGACCGAAGCGGCUUACGAGGACGCUGUCGAGCAGUUGCCCCAGAGAGCUGAACAUGCGCUUCGCGACGCCCUGGCCGACAUGGAGCAAGCCAACUAUAGCACUCUAUACCGCGAUGAGCCAGAGGUGGCCGUCCAGCCGAAGGCCCUUCCCGAUCUACCUGCUUCGGCCGAGUUGGAAGAGUACUGGGAUGAUGAGGAAGAACCGGAGCUCUACGACGAGCAGGGAUAUACUACGGCGCACUCGUACCGGUCACACGGCGAUAACACUAUCAGUGGCACCACGACUUUGCUGGCGCCCCACGCCACAGCUGGCGACGAAGAAGAACUCGACAUGGCGAAGGUGUAUGUUGUGGACCAUCAAACUGAGGAGGAAAUUGAGGAAGAGGCGUGGGACGUCAGCAUGGUUACGGAGUACGGUGACGACAUUUUCACAUACAUGCGGGAGCUCGAGGCACGAAUGGUUCCGAAUGCCCACUACAUGGACGACCAAACCGAGAUUCAAUGGUCGAUGCGAUCGGUCCUCAUGGACUGGCUGGUUCAGGUUCACCACCGGUUCUGCCUCCUUCCGGAGACCCUUUUCCUCACGGUCAACUACAUUGAUCGCUUCCUCUCGGUCAAGGUUGUCUCUCUUGGAAAGCUCCAGCUCGUUGGCGCCACCGCUCUCUUUGUGGCCGCCAAGUAUGAAGAGAUCAACUGUCCGUCGGUUCAGGAGAUCGUCUACAUGGUGGAUUCAGGCUACAGCGUUGAUGAAAUCCUCAAGGCUGAGCGUUUCAUGCUAAGCAUGUUGCACUUCGAGCUUGGGUGGCCCGGUCCCAUGAGCUUCCUCCGCCGUAUCAGCAAAGCGGACGACUACGAUCUCGAGACGCGCACUCUGGCCAAGUACUUUCUUGAAAUCACCAUCAUGGACGAGCGCUUCGUGAGCAGCCCUCCCAGCUUUCUUGCGGCUGGAGCUCACUGCAUUUCUCGUCUAUUCUUGGGCAAAGGAGAUUGGACACUUGCCCAUGUCCACUACUCCGGUUACACGCUCUGCCAAUUGAGACCGCUCAUCAAAAUGCUUUUCGAGUGCUGUCAAUAUCCGCGGAAGCACCACGGCGCCGUCUAUGACAAGUACUCGACGCCGAAAUACAAGCAAUCAUCGACUUUCGUUGAAGGCAAAAUAGCGAACGGGCUCACAUUGUCCCAAUUGUAUGCUGGGUGCGUCCAUGGAGACACAUCUGGUACUGGAAGCGGCAUGCCUAGCCAGUACAAGGUUCCCAGUAACCCGAUCCGCGUUCAGGGCUAGUCAAGCCCUACUACAAGUCGAAAUCCUGCGACAUUUUUCUCUCGUUUUGUCUUCGAUGUACAGACUUAUACCAAGCCCAUCUCCGCUGUUGGGGCACGGCUUCACUGCCCAUCGGCGGUCUUCUUCCUUUUCGGCGCCUAUGCCUCGGCACAUUUCCUAAUCUUUUACCACUGGCGGAUCUUCACGGCAGCGGGUUUCUUAUCUAACCUGUACUCUCUCGCCGGCACCCAUCUGGCGGCCAUG